AUGCUGUCGCGGUCUUCCCUCAGCCGCAAUGCGCCGCGAGCGCUCAACGUUGGCCGUCGGGCCAUGGCCUCCGCCGCCAAUCCGGCCUUCCAGUACGAUGUCUCCGAGGCCGCUGGUGUGAAGGUCGCCAACCGUGAGGUGGCUGGCCCGACUGGCACUAUCGCUCUAGUUGCAAAGGCCGGUUCCCGCUACCAGCCCUUCCCUGGUUUCUCCGAUGCUCUUGAGCAAUUCGCCUUCAAGUCCACACUCAAGCGAUCGGCACUUCGGAUCACCCGGGAGGUCGAGCUGUUGGGUGGUGAGAUCUCGUCGAGCCACUCCCGCGAAAACAUCGUCCUGCGGGCCAAAUUCCUCUCGAACGACCUCCCAUACUUCACAGAGCUGCUCGCGGAGGUUGCAAGCCAGACCAAGUUCCCUGAUUACGAAUUGAACGAGCUCGUCAGUAAGCUCCUCAAGUACAAGCAGCAGGCCGUCUUCUCCAACCCCGAGAACAUCGCCAUCGAUGCUGCCCACGGUGUCGCCUUCCAUCGCGGCCUCGGCUCGCAGAUCACCCCGACCGAGACCGCGCCCUUCGAGAAGUACCUGUCGGCCGAUGCCGUGGCUGAGUACGCCCAGAGCGCCUACGCUAAGUCCAACGUCGCUCUGGUCGCCAGCGGCCCCAACGCCGCCGAAGUAAACAAGUGGGUCGGCCAGUUCUUCAAGGACCUGCCUACCGGCGGCGCCUCCAGUCAGUACAAGGUCCAGCCAAGUGCGGCAACCAAGUAUUAUGGUGGCCAGCAGCGUCUGCCUUCCAAGGCCGGUAAUGCCGUCGUGAUUGCCUUCCCCGGAUCCAGCGCCUUCGGUACCACCGGCUACAAGCCCGAGGCCUCCGUCCUGGCCGCGCUCCUGGGCGGCGAGUCCACCAUCAAGUGGUCUCCCGGCUUCUCGCUCCUGUCGCAGGCCACCCAGGGCUUCUCCUCGCUCCGUGUUUCCACCAAGAACCACGCGUACUCCGAUGCCGGUCUCUUCACCGUCAUGCUCUCCGGCAAGGCCGACCAGGUUGGUGCCGCCAGCAAGAACGUCGUCGACGUCCUUAAGAAGGCCGCCGCCGGCCAGAUCGCUAGCGAGGAGAUCAAGAAGGCCGCUGCUCUGGCCAAGUUCCGUGCUCUGGAGUCCGUCCAGACUCUCGAGACCGGCCUCGAGGCCACUGGAUCCGGCCUGGUACACGGCAGCAAGCCCUACCAGAUCGAUGAGGUUGCCAAGGCUCUUGAGAAUGUCACAGAGCAGCAAGUUAAGGAGGCCGCCAAGUCCUUCCUCUCCGGCAAGGCCACCGUCGUCAGCGUCGGCGAUGUCUUCCAGCUCCCCUACGCCGAGGACUUGGGUCUGACCGUCUAA